AACUAACAAGUAACAACCUUCAUUAAAUUCCCUACUCCUGUCUCUCUUUCACUUGUUCAUCAUCUUCAAGCUCUCAAAACCACCAUAGCUUCAAUCCUCAAACAACUACCCAAAGUUAACAAUUUUAAUUAUCAACAACCUGCAAAUCGUCACAAAUCACAAUCUGAUCAUCUUCACUUUCAAACAUUUCAUUCAAAUGGGGUGUUAUGCUUCUCGUUCAUCCCCACCAUUCCAAUUCACCACCACCAUCACCGCAACCGUAAACCGCCAAAACCCACCUUCAAAUUCAUCCAGUUCAUCACCUUCACCACCCCAUUUCUACUCCUCAUUCUCAGAUCACCACCAUUACAUCUCCUCUGCUUCACAAACCCCUGUUUCAAGAACCAUGUCUAUGCCCAUCCCACUCAUCCACCACCCGCCCCUUCGAAAAGGCGAUUCGAAUCACUUCGUAUCGCUUACCUCCACCUCCUAUGGCUCCCUGAUCGUUCUAGACACUACCAAUGAUGCUGCCACAACUGACCCUAGCAAAACUGUGGAAGAAAACCAUUUUUCGUCUCCGGAUUCGGUGAUCAACACAUGGGAGCUCAUGGAAGGGUUAGAUGAUGAAUGUGGUAUGGCUAAUAUGGUUAAUAUGGUUAAUGUGAAUGAUUAUUCGAAUAUACCCAAUUCUUAUAAUGCAAAAAUGAUCAAUGGGUCGAGUGCGAAAAGGGAAAUUUCGAACAAAUCGGUUGAGAAUUCGCAAAUGAAGCCGUUAUGGAAGCACUUAUCGGAGGAAUUCUUGGUGUCGAAAAUUGAUGCUUAUUUGAAUUCUAGUGAUAAUAAAGAAAUUUGUUGUUUAUCUGGUUGUGAGGAUAGGAUUGUUUUGUAUUAUACAAGUUUGAGGGGAAUUAGAAAGACUUAUGAAGAUUGUUACGAAACUCGAAUGAUUUUGAAGGGGUUUCGUGUGUUUGUCGAUGAAAGGGAUAUAUCGAUGGAUUCGAGUUACAAAAAGGAGUUGGAGAGAGUGUUUGAAGGUAAAGGGUUCACUUUGCCACAAGUGUUUAUUAGGGGAAGACAUAUUGGUGGUGCGGAUGAGAUCAAACGACUUAAUGAAGAAGGGAGAUUGGUCGGGUUUAUGGAGGGGUUUCGUGUGAUUGAUCCUGGGUUUGUUUGUGAUUGUUGUGGUGAUGCGAGAUUCGUUCCUUGCCCAAAUUGCAAUGGAAGCCGAAAGGUUUUUGUGGAAGAUGAAGGGCGAUCGGUUAGGUGCCUGAAUUGCAAUGAGAAUGGCUUGAUCAGGUGUGCAACUUGUUGUUCUUGAUUGUUUAGAUGAACUUAGUUACAUAAAUAUUUGAUUUAAAUAUUUGUUUAGCU